AUAUAACCCCCCUAGCCAUGCAGCCCGCAAAACACAGGAGCUCACAAGGACAAGAGGUUGCUUUCUAGUGUCUGGCACUGAGUGUUCAAGUCCUCCAGGAUGCUCCACCGGAGUUUGCUUAUUGCUGUUAUACUGACUGCUCUUGCAGUGGUCUUCUCUGCACCAAUUGACAAUGGAGACGGUCCUAAUGCUCAGAUUUUUAUUAUUCUGGAAAAACAAAAUGAUGACACCUCUAUUGAUGCAGCUGACAUUGUUGAUGCUAUAAAUAAUCACAGCAGACCAGAGGGAGGUUCAAAAGAUUCUGAUAGUGAUGAAAGUGGAAAGAGUGCUUCUGAUGAAAAUGAAUCCAAAGAUUCCAACAGUGAUGAAAGUGAAAAGAGUGCUUCUGAUGAAAGUGAACCUAAAGAUUCUGGUAACGAUGAAAGUAACUCUCUGGAUGAAAACAGUUCCCAAGACUCUGAACACCACUCAAAGAGUUCUUCACAUGAAAGCGACAGCCAUGAUUCAGAUAGUGAAGAUGAUGAACACAAUUCAGAAAACAAGGAUUCUGAAGAUGAGGAGAAGCACGAAAGGCAUGAUUCUGGAAAAAGUGAUUCCCAAGAUGAAGAAGAUGAAGACAAAUCUGACAAUUCUGAAGAUCAUGAAAAAGAUGACAGCCACUCUGAUUCCAGCGAUACUGAAGAAGAUAACUCCUCGGAAUCAAAAUCAAAGGACAAAGAAGACGACAGUUCUUCAGAAUCAAAUUCACAAGGCAAUGAAGAUAACCAAAGAGACUCAGAUUCAAAGAGCAGUGAAAAAGAUGAAAGCUCAUCAGAAUCAAAAUCUGAAGACAAAGAAGAUGAAAGUUCUUCAGAAUCGGAUUCACAAGGCCAUGAAGAUCACCAAAGAGACUCAGAUUCAAAGAGCAGUGAAAAAGAUGAAAGCUCAUCAGAAUCAAAAUCUGAAGAAAAACAUGAGACAUCUAAAGACUCUGGAUCUAAUGAAUCUGAUGAUGUGCACAGUUCUUCUGAAUCAAAUGAAAAUAAAGAUAAGAAAAGCCAGUCCGACUCAGAAAGCCAUGAAAAUGACGAUCACAGCUCAUCUGAAUCCUCAUCUGAAUCAAAUUCUGAGGAAACACAUGGAAAGAGUUCCCAUCACUCAGAUUCAAAUGACUCAGAAGAUAGUCACCACUCAUCUGAAUCAAAAGACAAAGAAGAUGAGGAUUCCUUAAACACAGAAUCAAAGGGUAAAUACAAUUUCAUACAUUCUUUAAUUUCUUAA